CGGCCACGGUGCACUCAUAGAACGGAGCCGGAGCACCGGUAGCAACCGUGGUGUAGCCGCCGGCCGACGAAGCGUCACCGUCAAAGCGGUAGUACAGGUACUCCGCGCCGAUGGUCCAAUUCUGGGUCGCCUUCAGUUCGACGCCACCACCGACGACGUAGCCGACGCGCGUUUCGCUGGACUUGCUGCGCAGAGCCUGCGCGCCGCCGGGGCAGAGCGUGCCGGGGAUACCCGUGCAGUUGAUGUUGCCGGUGUAUCCGACAUCGGCAAAGGCAACGCCGCCCGUUCCGUAGAACAGCCACUGGUUCGACGUAUAGCCCAACCGGCCGCGGAUGCUGGCGAGCCAGUUCACCUGCGUCUGGAGGAAGGCGUUGUCGGUCAGGUUCGAGAUGCCACC